AAAGAACACACAUCAUUCGUCCUAUACCCAAUACGAAACAAAGAUUGCGAAGUAGCAGAAUAUGUGAACCUUGGUGCUGCUUGUGACCCUCUCGGUGAUCUGCAAAAAGUGAUGGAACUCUCUCAGCAAGGUAACUGUAUCGCAAAAGAGACUGGAAACAAUGAUUCAGAAGGAAAAGCUUGUGCGAACCCUGAUGAUGCUCAUGGCCCUCUCGAUGAUUUCCAGAAAGAAAUAGAAAUCUCUCAGAAGAGUCUUAGGAUCGAAAAAGAAAUCGGAAACAAAGAUUCAGGAGAAGCGGCUUAUGAGAGCCUCAGUAGUGCUUAUGACUAUCUCGAUGAUCUCCAAAAAGCAAUCGAAAUCUCUCAGCAUAGUCUUGAAAACAAGGAUUCAGAAGGAAUAGCGUAUCUGGAACUUGGUGAUGUUUGUCACUCUCUCCGUGAUUUAAAAACCGCAAUCGAAUUCUAUCAGCAGGGUCUUAGUAUCUCAAAACGGACUGGAGACAAAGAUUCAGAAGGAAAAGCAUAUGUGAGCCUUGGUGAUGCUCAUCUCGCUUUCGGUGAUUUCCUAAAAGCAAUCGAAUUCUAUCAGCAGGGUCUUAGUGUCGCAAAAGAGACUGGAGACAAAGAUUCAGAAGGAACAGCUUACGAAAGCCUUGGUAAUGCUUAUCGCUCCCUCGAUGAUUUCCAAAGAGCAAUCGAAUUCUAUCAGCAGGGUCUUAGUGUCGCAAAAGAGGCUGGAAACAAAGAUUCAGAAGGAAUAGCAUAUAUGAGCCUUGGUGAUGCUCAUCGCGGCCUCGAUGAUUUCCAAAAAGCAAUCGAAUUCUUUCAUCAUGGUCUUAGUAUCGCAAAAGAGACUGGAGACAAAGAUUCAGAAGGAACAGCUUACGAAAGCCUUGGUGAUGCUUCUCGCUCUCUCGAUGAUUUCCAAAGAGCAAUCGAAUUCUAUCAGCAGGGUCUUAGUGUGGCAAAAGAGGCUGGAAACAAAGAUUCAGAAGGACUAGCAUAUAUGUGGCUUGGUGUUGCUCAUCGCGGCCUCGAUAAUUUCCAAAAAGCAAUCGAAUUCUUUCAUCAUGGUCUUAGCAUCGCAAAAGAGACCGGUAACGAAGACUUUGAAGAAACGGCAUAUCUAAACCUCGGUGCUGCUUAUCAGUCUCUCCGUGAUUCAAAAAACGCAAUCGAAUUCUAUGAGCAGGGUCUUAGUAUCGCAACAAAGACUGGACACGAAGAUUUGAAAAUAGUAACUUAUGGAAGCAUUGGUAAUGUUUAUGGCUCUCUCGGUGAUUUCCAAAAUGCAAUCAAAUUGUUUCAGCAGGGUCUUGAUAUCGCAAAUAAGACUGGAAACAAAGAUCUAGAAGAAAAACUUUAUGAAAGUCUUAAUGAUGCUUAUUGCUCCCUGGAUGAUUUCCAAAAGGCAAUCGAAUUCUUUCAGCAGGGUCUUAGUAUUGCAAAAGAGAAUGGAAACAAAGAUUCAGAAGGAAUAGCUUAUAAAAGACUAGGUGAUGGACAUCUCUCUCUCGGAAAUUUCGAAAAGGGAAUCGAAUUUUUUCAUCUUGGUCGUAGUGUUGCAAAAGAGACUGGUAAAAUUGAUUUAGAAGGAACAGCAUGUGGGAAACUUGCUAAUGCUUAUUUUUGUCUCAAUGAUUUCCAAAAUGCGUUCGAAUUCUUCCGGCAGGCUCUUGGCAUCGCAAAAGAAUUUGUAAACCAAUAUCCAGAAGCUGUGGCAUACAGGAGCAUGUGCGGUGCUUUUGAGUCUGUUGAGGAUUACCAAAGAGGAAUAAAAUUCUUGCAGCAAGGCUUAACUUUCGCAAUAAAGGAAGGAAUCAAAAGAGCAGCAUUUUGGAAGGACUUCUGGGAUGCUUUGCACUCUCUCGCUAAUUUGAUACCAAAUGUUGAGGUUGCAGCAAAAUUUGAGAACAUAUUUUGUUACGAUAACGUUUUUCGUGACUUGGAAGUAGUUGCCGAAUUCAUUCAGCCGUUUCUAGGUAUGAAAGAGGAACAUAGAGGAAACGAAGAUUUAGAAGCAGAUUAUGGUCGAAUGUUGUCUUAUUUUUUCCUUGGUCAAGUUUAUGUCCUUUUCGGUGAUUACCAAAGGGGAAUCGAAUCCUCUCAACAGGGUCUUAGUAUCGCAAUAGAGACAGGAAACAAAGAUUUAGAAGCAGCGUUUCAUACGAUCCUUGGUCGCGCUUAUUUGGCUCUUGAAGAUAUCCAGAAAGCAAGCGAAUCCUCUAACAAAGGUCUUACUCUCGGAAAAGAGAUUGGAGAUGAAUAUGCACAAGCCACUGCACUUUUUAGCCUGGGUUCUACCCAUGGUUUUCUUUGCGAUUUCCAAAAAAGAGUCGAAUUCUCCCAGCAGGGUCUUAGUAUCGCAAAAACAAGUGGAGACAAAUUUGUAGCGGCAAGAGCAUAUGCGGACCUUGGUAACGCUUAUUGCUCUCUCGAUGAUUACCUAAAAGCAGUGGAGACCUACCAGGAAGGUCUUAUUUUGGCAAAAGAGACUGGAGACAAACGCACGCAAGCAGAAAUUUAUUUGAAUAUAGGCUGCGUUCUUGUUCAACUUGACGACUUGUCCAGAGGUGAGGAAUGCUUCAAUUGCAGUAUGACGCUUCUGGAGGAAAUGCUGGGUCUUCUAAAGAAAGACGAAUGGAAAGUUUCCUUUCGUGAUCAGUAUAGAGUUUAUGAACAUUUAUGGCGUCUUCAAGUACGACAAGGCCGUACAAUCGAGGCGCUUUCAACAGCUGAGCGAGGACGAGCACAAGCUCUCGCUGAUCUCAUGAAACUACAAUAUGGCGUUAAAUUAAUUCAAUCAUCACCAGAAGAGCAGAUGAAGAGAAUAGCCACCCUCUCAGUUCAAACUUCAUCCCCUACGAUAUUUCUCGCCGAAGACGAGGAAUCAGUAAAUAUCUGGGUACUGUUGGAGAGUGGAACGUGGCAGUUUGUACGAAAGGAAAUUAGUCAGGCGUUGACAGAUUGGACUAAUAAAUCAUACAAACAAAUUGGCGUGAAGGAACCAGUCAGGUGCGAGGACCGUUCCUUUGGUGAUGAAUCAGACGAUGAAGAGGUCGAAGAGUUAUCUGAUAGGGGUGAAAAUGAAAAGGAUUCAGCAUCGUCACAAGACAACAGUGAUGCAUUGAAAAUAUUGCAUGAAGUCAUUUUUACUACCAUUUCACAGUGGAUAACAAAUGACGAACUUAUCAUUGUACCUGAUGGCUCGUCGUUUUUGAUUCCGUACGCUGCCCUUGUUGACCAGCAGUCCAGGUAUUUGUCUGAAAGGCUGAGAAUUCGAUUGGCUCCAUCACUAACCACCUUAAGUCUGUUGACACAGUGUCCAGAGGAGCACCACAGUAAGUCUGGUGCACUGCUUGUUGGUAAUCCGUGGGUGCAAACAGUACGCCUCGAAGGGGACAAAUUUCAGCAGCUUCCGGGAGCUGCGAAAGAGGUGAAAACAAUUGGAAAAAUGCUAAAAAUCGAACCUCUUACUGGAACGAAUGCUACAAAAGACCAAGUGUUGAGCAAGCUUCAUUCAGUCUCUCUAGUUCACAUUGCAGCUCAUGGGUGCGCAAAAACUGGAGAAAUCAUUUUGUCUCCUAAUAACGUCAACUCCGAAAAACCACCCAAAGAAGAUUUUCUUUUAACGAUGGCAGAUGUGUUGAAUGCAAAAUUAAAGGCCAAGCUUGUUGUAUUAAGCUGCUGUCACAGUGGUACAGGGAAGAUUAGAGCCGAGGGCGUGGUUGGUAUUGCACGUGCUUUUCUAGGAGCCGGUGCACGCGCCGUUGUUGCGUCGCUGUGGGCGAUUAGCGAUGAGGCCACCAUGGCGUUCAUGACACAUUUUUACGAGUGUUUGAUGGCAGGGCAAAGUGCGAGUAAGUCUCUUAACCAGACCAUGAAAUGGAUGCGGGAGUUCGACGAUUUUAGAGCCGUGAGGCACUGGGCACCAUUUGUGCUGAUUGGCGAUGACGUGACAAUGGAUUUUGAAAAAUCAAGGUGA